AUGAAAGACAGUGGCAAGUUUUCAAUUUUUUUCAACUAUGGAGGAUACUUUGUCAAAUUGGAAAAUGUGGUUGACUACUUAGGUGGAAGUUUCAAGAGAGUCCAUGGUUUAGAUGUGGAUAGAUUUGGUUAUUUUGACUUAAAAGAAGAAGUUGAGAUGCUGGGUGUUGGUAAGUUUGAGAGAAUUGUCUACAGAGUUCCAGAUGGAACUGGAAAAGAAAUCUUUAAAGAUGCAGUAGAUGAUAGUGUUGUUAUGGAGAUGAUUAGAGACAGUACUCAGAAAAGAUCAUUAGUAGAGGUUUAUGUGGUUGGAGAAAAUCAGACAUCCAAAAAGAAUGCAGGAGAAGCAAAGAAUGAUGUGGAGUUAGGAGUUGAGGCACAUAAAGAGAAAGAGAAGAACAAUGCAGGAGAAGCACAGAAAAGAAAGUAG